GUGUCAGAAACUAGGCUUGCAGCACGUGAAGAAUAUAAUAGAAAUCAUCAGCCGCCUUUUACACACAGACAAAAUGUGGAAAGGUACAAGAAUUUUGUUAUGUUGCCAUUAUCGAAGAGGAGGUUUUGCCAGGAGUGCCAACAGUUGCUAUUGCCAGCCGAAUGGGAAAAACACUCAGGUCACCAGUUCCUAUGUGAUACCUCCACUGCGCAGUUGCAACGUCCCAGUCAGCUUCUGUAUCCACUCGAAAACAAAAAAACAAAUGCACAGUACUUAUUUGCAGACAGAAGUUGCCAGUUCCUGCUGGAUCUAAUUAUUAAUUUAGGAUUCAGACGAGUGCUCUCUGUUGGAACACCCAGGCUUCAUGAAAUGAUCCAGUCAAAAGCAUCACAAGAAGAAGAUUUCAGGGUUAGAAGCCUUCUGCUAGAUAUUGAUUUCAGGUAUUCCCAGUUCUACACAGAGGAUGAGUUCUGCCACUACAACAUGUUUAAUCAUCAUUUUUUUGGUGGUGAGGCUGCACAUGAAACUUGUAGGAAAUUCCUAUAUCAAGACAGUGGUGAAAGAGUCAUUAUGGUAGCCGAUCCCCCAUUUGGAGGUUUAGUGGAAGCACUGGCUUCUAGUUUUAAAAAACUAAUGUCACUGUGGAAGGAGACAGAAGAAGAAGAUCAUAACAACCAAGAGAUGCCUGUGUUCUGGAUAUUUCCAUACUUCUUUGAGGCUCGCAUUCUUGAAUUUUUCCCAAGCUUCACUAUGAUGGAUUACCAGGUAGACUAUGAUAAUCAUGCACUUUAUAAACAUGGCAAGACAGGUCGCAGACAGUCCCCUGUCCGUAUAUUCACGAACCUCACCCCAAGUACGAUUGUACUUCCUGCAGAAGAGGGUUAUAGGUUUUGCACUAUAUGUCAGCGGUAUGUUAGUUCUGGUAACCAGCACUGUGAGAUGUGCAAUUCAUGUACAUCAAAAGAUGGUAGACAAUGGAAACAUUGUGUUCUUUGCCAAAAAUGUGUAAAACCGUCUUGGUUUCACUGUAACAAUUGCAACCGCUGCAUUCUUCAAAACCACACGUGUGAGAAGACUGAUGCUGGCUGUUUUGUUUGUGGCAAGGCAGGUCACAAACGCAGUACCUGUCCCAGCCUCGCCCGCACCAGAACAGCUUGCCG